UUCUCAAUUGGCAUGCCAGCAAUCAAUGCGCACGCACGUUCAAGAAAUCAAAACAAAAUAUUCUUGUGCUCUGUUUUAAUUUCGCGGAAUUAUUUUAAUUUAUUCCUUGAAAAUGGAUUCUAAUGAUAUAUUUAGAAAGUUAACGUGUGGUGCUUCCUUCAAAAAGUCGAAUUUCACGUUGCAAAAACAGAAAGUCCCGACAACAUGGAAAAUCAAGGAAGAAAUCAAAUCUGAGCCUGUUAAUUUGUAUUCCGAUGCUGAGAAAGUCAAGGAGUGGCUCAGUUCAGCAAAUUCUGAUGAAGAUAUCAAGUCAGAGCCCGAGGAAGAGCUCAAUAUUUUGGAUGAUUUGAGGACACAGGGAGUUGGGGAGAAGAGAAAAAAGUCCCGGCAGCUGUCCAAGAAGGUGAAGAAUCAACUGGCAACGGAGGCUGUCAAUCACAUGAGGAAUAUGUACAAAAUAAGUGUAAUGGGAUCGAAUAUUCCACCGCCAAUUGAGACUUUCGAUGAGAUGGCACAGAGGUACAGCCUCAGGAUGGAUAUUAGCAAUAAUUUGACCAUUUGUGGCUAUAGAGAUCCUACGCCAAUUCAGAUGCAGGCAAUGCCUGUGAUGCUACAGAAGAAGCAUUCACUGUUGGCUUGUGCUCCGACGGGUUCGGGCAAGACGGCGGCUUUUCUCGUGCCGAUAAUCCGGGAUCUUGAGACACCUAAGAAGGCGGGAUUUAGGGCAUUAAUUGUCUGUCCAACGAGAGAAUUGGCCAGGCAGAUCCUCAGGGAAUGUUCGAGAUUGUGCGAAGGCAUGAAUUUCAAGUUGCAUUUGAUCACAAAAACCCAAAAAGCUGAAGAAGUUUAUUCACCGGAAAAGACUCGACGUUUUGACAUUCUCAUCUCGACGCCCAAUCGGAUCUGCUUCCUGCUGAAGGAGAAUUUGCUGGAUUUGAGUGGAGUGCAGUGGUUGGUGAUUGAUGAGGCGGACAAGUUAUUUGAGGAGAAGGGCAAGAAUAGCUUCCGGAAGCAAUUGAAUGAGAUCCUCGAGGCCUGUAGCAAUCCCAAUCGUCGAGUGGCAUUGUUCAGUGCUACGCAUACACCCAUCGUGGCCAAAUGGACCAAACGCAAUCUUAAGCAUCUGGUGAAGGUGUCGGUUGGAGUGAGGAAUUCCGCUACGGAUUCCGUUGAGCAGGAACUCCUGUUUGUCGGCUCAGAAGCCGGAAAAUUGCUGGCAGUGCGAGAUUUAGUGAAACAGGGACUUCAGCCGCCAGUGUUGAUUUUUGUGCAGAGCAAGGAAAGGGCUCAGCAGCUCCUGUCUGAACUCCUGUACGAUGGUAUCAAUGUGGAGGCCAUUCACGCUGAUCGGACUCAGAAUGAACGAGAUUCCGUUGUCCGGGGAUUCCGGGAGGGUAAGAUCUGGGUUCUAAUCUGCACGGAGCUCAUGAGUCGAGGAAUUGACUUCAAGGGAGUCAAUUUGGUCAUCAACUAUGACUUUCCACCCUCGUCCAUUUCCUACGUGCACCGCAUCGGACGGGCAGGAAGGGCAGGAAGACGCGGAAAGGCCAUAACAUUCUUCACAGCUGACGAUGUUGUCAAUCUCCGUGGCAUUGCUCAAAUUAUCCGAAAUUCCGGAGGCACCGUUCCCGACUACAUGCUAGCUCUAAAACGGCGAUCACGCAAAGUUCGCCGGAAGCUCAUGAAUAGCGCCCCAAAGCGUGAGGAUAUCACAACUCUUCCAAAAUUUAUGCAAAGAAAAAAAACCCAGAAAACACCCCAAAAUUCUCCAAACAAGAAAAAAAUAAAACACUCCCAAUAAAUUUAAAA